AUGGUCAAGUUGGGCUUGGUUUACAUCUUCUUCGGCCUGGUAGCCGCUCAGGACAUCUUCUACAAGUGUACGAAGACCGACUUGGACUAUGAGAUUCGACGCUUCAACACGGCCAUCGGCGUGAGCCCCGAUCUCACGUAUUACAAUACCUCCGUGCUAUACGAUGCAAUUUUUACCGUAUUUCGGCAGGACAUCAUCAAGACCUGCGCGGCCCGAUCAGCUUUCGCAGCCAACCUCGGCUACAUGUAUACUGAUUGCGUCGAUCCGUGGACGAUCGAAUCUCUCGUUGGUGGCAAUUUGACCAUCUUCCAUGCCGUCCAAUACGCCCAGAUCUGGAACCGGCUCGAGUUUGCUUGCGGCGGCGGCUUCCACAUCGCUAUUGACGAUUACGCAUGCAUUUACAAUGCCACUCAGCAACAGAAAUUCACUGAUUGCUACCAAGAAUUCGCGAAGACCACCUACAACUACACGACAUUUGAUCAUUACUGCCAGACCGUGAAGACGUACGCUGCCUGCGGGUACGACUCGGUGAAGCCGUUCGGCUGCAAGAAUCCUCUGUCUCCGUGGUACCUCUGCGAAAGCCUGCGGUUUGGCGUGGGGAAAACCUGCCCAGGGUUGAGAUGUUUUGUGAAUCAA